AUGACCCCUAUUGAUGGCAGCGUUUUGGAAGAGAACAAAAUUGGUUUUUUCGGUUGCUUAAGUUAUAUUCUUGGAAAUUGCAUUGGUGCUGGCAUUUUCAUUGCUCCAUCGGCUGUAACUGAAAAUGUUGGCUCUGUUGGUCUAUCUAUUGCUGUUUGGAUUUUAUGUGGAUUGAUUUCACUUUUAGGUUCAAUAGUAUACAUUGAAUUGGGCACAGGGAUAUUAGAACCUGGAUGUGACUAUGCAUACAUCUGUUAUGUUGGAUGGAAUUCAGUUGCAUUUGCAUUCAUGUGGGUAGGUGUAAUACUGUCUUAUCCAGCGUCCACUGCUGUACAAAUUCUUACUUUUGGUCAUUACAUAAUUGAUGGAAUGUCGCAAAAUAUACAUUUUGGACAAACGCUUCAGAGUUUUAUAGAAUGGAAUUUAGGCAUUAUUGUGCUCGUGUUCGUAACGUGGAUCAAUUUUUAUUCGUUGAAUAAAUCAGCUGUGAUUUUUCAAAUUGCUUCAACAGUUGCAAAGCUUUGUGCCACAGCACUAAUUAUUGUUGCUGGCUUGUACUGUUUUUUUUUCAAAGGAAUGAAUGAAAAUUUUAUAAAACCUUUCGAAUAUAGCCAAUUCAAUAUCAGGGAUUUCGUAUUUAGCAUUAACGCUGGUUUUUACGCUUACUCUGGUUGGGACGUUCUCAAUUACAGUUCGAAUGAAAUACGUAAUCCAUCAAGAAAUAUGCCAUCAUCGUUAUUGCUGGGUAUUUCCUUGGUAAUAUUGUUAUAUACAUUAAUGAUUUUUUCAUAUUUUGUGGCUCUUACACCGCAGGAAGUGCUGAAAACAAAUGCUAUUGCUGCAUUAUUCAGUCAAAAAGUAUUUGGUCCCUUUUAUUACGUCGUACCAUUUAUGAUUGCGGUACUGAUAUGUGGCAGCCUUAAUAGUAAUUUAUUUUGUUCAAGUCGGUAUGUUUUUUGUAAAAUGAAAAAAAAUGAGAUAUUACCUUUAUUUUCAUUUAAAUAUUAUAUGCUAGCGGCAGCUCGCGAACGUCACUUACCCAAAUUUUUAAGUUGCAUUAACGAAGAAACAGGUAGUCCACGAGCUGCAAUCGCUGCACAGUUGCUGUUAACUGUGUUGCUAUCAUUUAUCAAUGUAAAUCGACUCAUUGAUUAUGUCGCUUUUGUAAUGGUGCUGCAAAAAGUUGCCGGAAUCGCAGCUCUGUUGUGGAUUCGAUUUAAGAAAAUACCCGUGAAUGCAAGCAAUACUUUACUUUAUUAG